CAAGCCCGGAGGGUCCCGCCUGAGGAAGAAAGGUCGUCGCCCGCAGCCCAGCUGGGGCUGGGAGCGCGACCCGGGGUCUCCUCGCCCGCACGCGGAAGAAAAUGGGCGCUGUGGCCUCAGUUUCCCUCUUUUGUUAAAUACAAGUAAGGAAUACAGGCAACAUGUUCUACACACAUGUGCUUAUGAGUAAACGAGGGCCAUUGGCCAAAAUAUGGCUUGCAGCUCACUGGGAGAAGAAACUCACAAAGGCCCAUGUAUUUGAAUGUAAUCUAGAGAUAACCAUUGAAAAAAUUCUUUCACCCAAGGUGAAAAUAGCACUUCGAACUUCAGGACACCUUCUUUUGGGAGUUGUUCGAAUCUAUAACAGGAAGGCAAAAUAUCUUUUGGCAGAUUGCAGUGAAGCAUUUCUUAAAAUGAAGAUGACAUUUCGCCCAGGACUGGUUGACCUUCCAAAAGAGAAUUUUGAAGCAUCUUACAAUGCUAUCACAUUGCCAGAAGAAUUUCAUGAUUUUGACACCCAAAAUAUGAAUGCUAUUGAUGUUUCAGAACACUUUACUCAGAACCAAAGCAGACCAGAAGAAAUCACUCUUAGAGAAAAUUUUGACAAGGAUCUGCUUUUACAAGCUGAGAGCUUUGGGGAGGAAUCUGAAAUUCUCAGAAGACAUAGCUUCUUUGAUGACAACAUAUUACUGAAUUCCAGUGGUCCUUUAAUUGAACAUAGUUCUGGAAGCCUCACUGGAGAAAGAUCUCUGUUCUAUGACAGUGGAGAUGGGUUUGGAGAUGAAGGAGCUGCAGGAGAAAUGAUUGACAAUCUAUUGCAAGAUGAUCAGAAUAUCCUGUUAGAAGACAUACAUUUGAACAGAGAAAUUUCCCUGCCUCCUGAGCCUCCCAGUAGUUUAGCAGUUGAACCAGAUAACCCAGAGUGUAUAUGUGUACCUGAAAAUGAAAAAAUGAAUGAAACAACAUUAUUAUCAACUGAAGAGGAAGGAUUUACCCUUGAUCCAAUUGAUAUUUCAGACAUUGCUGAGAAAAGGAAAGGUAAAAAGAGGAGAUUGCUCAUAGAUCCUGUCAAGGAGCUCAGUAGCAAAGUUAUACAUAAACAGCUUACUUCCUUUGCGGACACCCUCAUGGUUUUGGAACUUGCACCUCCUACCCAAAGAUUGAUGAUGUGGAAGAAGAGGGGAGGAGUGGAUACACUUCUGUCAACUGCUGCCCAGGAUUUGAUUCAUGCUGAACUGAAAAUGUUGUUUACAAAGUGCUUUCUGUCCUCUGGCUUUAAACUUGGAAGAAAAAUGAUACAGAAGGAUUCAGUAAGGGAAGAAGUGGGAAACCAAAAUAUCAUAGAGACAUUCAUGAUGCAAGAGCCAAAUUCCCAGCAAGAGUUAAGUAAACCUCAAACCUGGAAGGAUGUGAUUGGUGGAUCUCAGCAUAGCUCUUAUGAGGAUACCAAUAAACAUAUUAACACUGAGCAGGAUAUUGUUGAAAUGGUGUCUUUAGCUGCUGAGGAAUCAUCUUUAACGAAUGACUUAUUUGCACAAGAAAUUGAAUGUAGUCCAGUUGAAUUGGAGUCAUUGAGGAAUGAAGAAAAUAUUGAGACAGAAAGAUGGAAUCGAAGAAUACUUCAGUUGUUAAAUCGUUUACGGGAAUCUAACAAGAUGGGAAUGCAGUCCUUUAGUCUGAUGAAGCUCUGUAGAAAUAGCAACCGAAAACAAGCAGCUGCCAAAUUUUAUAGCUUUCUUGUCCUAAGAAAACAGCGGGCUAUCGAGCUGAGCCAGAGUGCUCCCUAUGCAGAUAUUAUAGCUACAAUGGGACCAAUGUUUUAUAACAUGUGAAGGAAACCCAGACAUGUAGAUUUAUGUCAUCACUGGAAUUUCUG